AUGGGUGGUGGUGUUCUUGGGGUAUUUGUUGGUGUUGUAGGGCCCAUUUUAGGCGGGGGAAUCACAUGUGAUGGUGGGGUACGAGUGGGCGGUGGUGUAGAAGGAUUUGGUGGUGAUUCCAAUGGAGUUGUCUUGGGUGGCGAUGUCAUCGGACGUGGAGGUCGUGUAAAAGGUGGCAAGACUGGUGUUGUUGUUAUUGGAGUAGGUGGCAUUGUUGUUGGAGAUGUCUUAGGUGAUUGUUUCUUUGGAGGUUGUGGAAGUGUAUUAGGAGGCAAGGUUGGUGGUCGUGUGGUUGGAGUAGAUGGGGGUGUUGUAGGUGAGGUGUUAGAAGGUGGCAAGAUUGGUGUUGUUGUUGGUGGAGUAGGUGGUGUUGUUGUUGGAGAUGUUUUAGGUGGUUGUUUCUUUGGAGGCUAUGGAAGUGUAUUAGGAGACAAGGUUUGUGGUCGUGUCGUUGGAGUAGAUGGGGGUGUUGUAGGUGAGGUGUUAGAAGGUGGUAAGACAGGUGUUGUUGUUGGUGGAGUAGGUGGUGUUGUUGUUGGAGAUGUCUUAGGUGGUUGUUUCUUUGGAGGUUGCGGAAGUGUAUUAGGAGGCAAGGUUGGUGGUCGUGUGAUUGAAGUAGAUGGAGGUGUUGUAGGUGAAGUGUUAGAAGGUGGAAAGACUGGUGUUGUUAUUGGUGGAGUAUGUGGUGUUGUUGUUGGAGAUGUCUUAGGUGGUUGUUUCUUUGGAGGUUGCGGAAGUGUAUUAGGAGGCAAGGUUGGUGGUCGUGUGGUUGGAGUAGAUGGGGGUGUUGUAGGUGAAGUGUUAGUAGGUGGCAAGACUGGUGUUGUUGUUUGUGGAGUAGGUGGUGUUGUUGUUGGAGAUGUCUUAGGUGGUUGCUUCUUUGGAGGUUGCGGAAGUGUAUUUGGAGGCAAGGUUGGUGGUCGUGUGGUUGGAGUAGAUGGGGGUGUUGUAGGUGAGGUGUUAGAAGGUGGCAAGACUGGUGUUGUUGUUGGUGGAGUAGGUGUUGUUGUUGUUGGAGAUGUCUUAGGUGGUUGUUUCUUUGGAGGUUGCGAAAGUGUAUUGGGAGGCAAGGUUGGUGGUCGUGUGGUUGGAGUAGAUUCGGGUGUCGUAGGAGAAAGUGGUGAGGGUGUUAGCGGGCGAGGUGUAUGUGUAGUAGGAGGAAAUAUAGGUGGUUGUAAGGAAGGAGUAGGGGUUGUUGUUGUAGGAUUUGUCAUAGGUGUUGGUGUGAUUUGUCGAGAUAGAGGUGUUGAAGGAGAUAACAUAGGUGGUGUGUUUGGGGGAUGUGUUGGUGUUGUAGAGCCCGUUUUUGGUGGCGGGAUCGUUGAACGAGAUGGAGGUGGGGGUAAGGUAGGAGUAAGAGGCACUUUUAUUGGAGCCAUCUUAGGUGGCGGGGUUAAUGUACGAGGUGGUGGUAUAAGAAGUGGUGGUGCAGAAGGAGGCAAGGCAGGUGAUUUUGUUGUAGGGGUAGAUGAUGGUGUUAUUGAAUUCGUCUUGGGUGAUGGUGUCAUCGGAUAUGGUGGUGGCAAAGUAGGUGGUGGAGUGGUAGAAGAAGGUGGUGAUAUUGUAGGAGUCGUCUUAGGUGGUGGCAUCAUAAGAUAUGGAGGCGGUGCAAAAGAUGACCAUGUAUGUGGCGGUGGUGGUGGAGGUGAUGGUGAUGAAGAAGAAGGCUUUUUAGGUGGUGGUGGUGACGGUGGAGGUGGUGGUGUUGAUGAAGGUUUCUUAGGUGGUGGUGGUGAUGGAGGUGGUGGUGGUGUUGAUGAAUAUUUCUUAGGUGGUGGUGGUGGUGUGAAUGAAUGCUUUUUAGGUGGUGGUGGUAUCUUGAUAGGUCUAUGCGGCGGUAUCUUUGAUGGCGAUGUAUGA